GUUUCGGAUCUCCACUCCUCAUCUCCCACUCAUUCUCUUCUCUUUUUCCCCCAAAAGCCCCCACUCAAAUCCUUCUCCUUUUUAGAGAUCCAUCAUCUAUUCCCAAUUCCAUUGAUCAAUCGAGGUAGAUCGAUGGCGGAUUGGGGACCAGUCUUCGUGGCGGUGGUGCUCUUCGUGGUGCUUUCGCCGGGACUUCUCGUCCAGAUCCCGGGUAAGAACCGGAUGGCGGAGUUCGGCACGCUUCACACCAGCGGCGCUUCCAUCUUAGUCCACUCCCUCAUCUACUUCGCUCUUAUCUCCAUCUUCCUCCUCGCCGUCCGCGUCCACAUGUACAUCGGCUCCUGAUCGACCUCUCCGAUCUCGUCUUUCUCUCAGGCAUUUGUUCAAACACUUGGCUUGUGAUUAUAAUAUCUUAUUAGUUUUUUAUGAGAUUGUUGUGUUUGUUGACUAUGCAUUUGGGCAUCGCCUUUGCUUUGGGAUUAAUUAGAUGCUUUUUUUUUUUCU